GAAAGAUAAUAUGGGAUUUUGUGCUGGAGAAGAAACGGGUGAAUCAGUCUCGGUAUCGAGAGCGAAAGAAUUGGACAGGACCAAGAUGUUGGAGGACCAGACCACGGCGAUAUCAGGCAGACGUUGGAGAUCAUGCCACGUCCUCAAGCUAUCGGUCUGCGUUUGGACUUGUUUCAAAAUGGAAUGACACGAAUCCUCUCUUUCGACCCUGGAAGACACAUGAUCUCUGCACGAUAUCGCAGCACCGGUAUCAUCUCCAAGCGAGCAGGUGGCGUGUGCUCCUCACAUCAAUUUAUGCCUUGUCGCGAAUCGUACGACGUUCAUCCCCUUGGCUCGAUGUUUGACAAGGAUCGGCGAGAUCGGUCAAAGCUCACCACUGGUUUCCGAGAAGUUUACAUCCCGAUGGAGCAACGGAGAUAUACGGCCUGGGCAUAUGUUCCUAUCCUUGCUUUUCCUUUCGCGGAAGAAUGUAUGCCGGUAAUAUCAAUCGACUGCGCCAUCAGUCUUGCUUGGCAGAUGGCGAUGGAGAAAGCGCAAUCGACCUUCCUCUCCCGCUCCGUCGCUCCAAUUUUCCUGGACAUUCACAAAACUUUGUCCUCUAAAGCGCGUGGCUGGCAGUGAAGGCGGUGUGCCAGAUCUCUCAAGGGUAGAUGCUUCAUACGCACAAGGCAUUCUCUAUAUUGUUCCCCAGCAUCAUGCGUAUAAUGUCGAAGAACUCGUCGCCACUCGUCUCACAACUCGCCUGGCUUCGAUUUACAAGAAGGGAAAGGCAAAAGUCAUCACGUCGGCGGCGUCGUGAACAAGACAGCGAUGCGAGGUCACAUGACUGGAGCGACGUUCCUGCCUUGCAUGCAUAUGGAGGCGUUCUUGUGUGGCGUCUGCAAUAUCGCCGACGGCGGUUCA